AUGGAGCGAGCAGUCCAAGCUGGGCAGAGUGACAGAAGGGGAGGGAAAGAGGCCAGCGGGAGGGAAGGGAGAAGGUCGUGUGAGGUUGUGGAGGAAGAGGAGGCCACUCGUAUUUUCUGUGAACAGGUAUUACUCCUGCAGCCAGGAAAGGCUCUGAGACGUGAAAGAACACCAUGAACAAAGUCUUCAGAUGGGGCCUGUAAGCUCAGCCAGUGUGAGGUCAGCCUCACCAAGACACUCAGUGGCAGCUCCAGCCACCGCCCAGCCCUCUGCAGUGAUGGGGACAGGGCGAGGGCAGCCAGAGCCUUCCCCAGCCCCCCAGGAGUUGGAGCCUGUGCUUCCCACACCAACCACACCCCUGUUCUGCCACCCUUGCGGCCGGUGCCAGGGACCAAGUGGACCUGCAGAGCCACGUCUGUCCCUCUGUCUGUCGACGACAGCCAGUGCCAGCAAUUCAGGCCUAGUGGGCGAGGGAGGCUGGGGAAAGGACUGGGGCGUGGGAGGAACUUGGCCACAGGAAAUAAGGGGCCUGCAGGCGGCUGGGGCGCCCCAGAGCAAACGCAUUUGCCUCAGGCCUUUGCCUGGCUACUUUAG